GCUUGGGGGCUGCAGGAGGCGCCGCAGUCGCCAGGAGGCAGCGGGAGCUCGAGCGGAGACGGCGGCAAGGAAGGGGGGCGCGCCCAGAGCCCGGCAUGACGGCGGAAGAGAUGAAGGCGGAUGGGGCCCCCUUGGAGGGGGCGGACAUCACCCCCAAGCAGGAUGGCGGCGUCCUCAAGGUUAUCAAGAGGGAAGGAACUGGGACAGAAUCCCCCAUGAUAGGUGAUAAAGUGAUUGUGCACUAUACAGGAUGGCUUCUGGAUGGCACAAAAUUUGACUCCAGCGUGGACAGGAAAGACAAGUUUUCAUUUGACUUGGGAAAAGGUGAAGUGAUCAAAGCCUGGGACACUGCUGUGGCAACUAUGAAGAUUGGAGAAAUCUGCCGGGUUACCUGCAAACCAGAGUAUGCCUAUGGUUCUGCUGGGAGUCCUCCCAAAAUACCUCCUAAUGCUACACUGAUAUUUGAGAUAGAGCUCUUUGAGUUUAAGGGGGAGGAUCUCACAGAUGAUGAAGAUGGUGGAAUAAUCCGAAGAAUCCAUAAGAAGGGGGAAGGCUACUCCAAACCCAAUGAAGGAGCCCUUGUAGAGAUCCAGCUAGAAGGUAGACAUGGAGAGCGAGUUUUUGACAAGCGGGAAUUGCGGUUUGAGAUUGGAGAAGGAGAAAACCAUGAUCUCCCUCCUGGCCUGGAGAAGACCAUUCAGCGAAUGGAGAAAUUGGAAGAAUCCGUUAUUUAUCUCAAGCCCAGCUAUGGUUUUGGGAGUGCUGGGAAAGAGAAGUUUCAGAUCCCUCCAGAUGCAGAACUGCAAUACGAAGUGAAACUCAAAAGCUUUGAAAAGGCUAAGGAAUCCUGGGAGAUGAACACUGAUGAGAAGCUAGAACAAAGCUCCAUUGUGAAGGAGAGAGGCACUCAGUACUUUAAGGAAGGAAAAUACAAGCAGGCAACACUACAAUACAAGAAGAUUGUUUCAUGGCUGGAGCAUGAAUCAGGACUUUCUGAAGAGGAUGAUGCAAAAGCCAAAACCUUGAAGCUUGCUGCCCACCUUAAUCUGGCCAUGUGCCAUCUGAAGCUGAAGGAGUACUCCCAGGCUUUGGAAAACUGCAACAAGGCACUUGAGUUGGACAGCAGCAAUGAGAAAGGUCUCUUUCGGCGUGGGGAAGCCCAUCUGGCUGUCAAUGACUUUGAAUUGGCCCGAGCAGAUUUCCAGAAGGUGAUACAACUCUACCCAAGCAACAAAGCAGCCAAAGUGCAGCUAGUAACCUGUCAGCAGAAGAUCCGGGAGCAGCAUGAAAAAGAGAAAAAGAUGUAUGCCAACAUGUUCCAGAGGCUUGCUGACAAGGACUCUAAGUCAGAAGCUGACGCUCUCCAGACAAGUGGCAGCCAUACCACAGAUGCAGAAAUGAAAGACCAAGAACAGAACGGAGUUGAAGAUAAAUCAGAAGUUGACACAGAGGCAUAAAAACAAACCCGGUUCCAUUAGUUUUGUAAACUGAAAAAUUUCCAGUGAAUUAGACCUUUAUUUUUCUAUCUGGUUGGACAGCGGCUUCAGGGGAGCAGAGGCUGGGGCCACAGUCGGUUACAGCUGUGCGUGUGUCUGUGUAGGAAGCUUGGUGGCUGCACGCAUCUGGUAUACUCUUAGGGACUUUAUUUAUUCAAUCUGGCUCGGUUAUUGUUGGAGGUUCUGUCCAGAUUCCUUCUGCUUUGUUUAAUUUCAUUCUGCCAUUGGUGUCUCUCUUUGUCCUCCAUCCUAUUCAUGCUCAUUCUGAUCCCAGGUUUUGCUUCCUAAAUCGUUUCCUUGAUUUUUACGUACUCCCCAAGAGUCCUCACAUGAGACUUCAGAACAAAUUGCUGCACCCAAUUCUUCCGCCUCAGCCUUGCCCCUUGCUGUUUCCUCUGUUAAGCAGAGACCCACCCCCCCAUGAGUAAGUGUUGUAACCUUCCUUGUAUGCCUGUUCUUUGCACAUUGCUGAAGGUGAAGACUGUGAAGUCAAAGCUUGAAUAAUAAAAGCUCCAGAUAAACUCCAAAA